GUCAAUUUAAAUCUUUAGUUAAUCCUUUGAGUAUAGAGUAUUUUUUAUUCUAUGAGUUUAAUCGAUUUUUAUUUGUUUGUAUUGUUUCUACAUAUUGAAAAUAUCAAGUAUGUACUGGAUGUUUUCAUUGUUGAUGUAUAUUCAUAGAUAACAUAUAUGUGUUUAUCAACAAUGUCUGAUGGAACUUUUCUUGUCUCGAUUUCUGGUCAAUUGGAAUACAUCGACACUUUUGCAGAAGCUGGAAGUGAUUGGUACUGUAAGUACGAAUUUGUCACGGGUCCUGACUGGCAGUUAAUCAAUGGUAUUGAAGCUGGACUUUCUCAGAUUUGUAGCGUGAAUAGUAAUGGAGGAAAGGUUGUGCUAAAUUUACCAAUUGAAUUUAUGGUAAAAUCAACUAAUAUCUACGGGUGGCCUCAAGUAGUAUUCAGUGUUUACAAAAAUGUGACACUCGGAGGCUAUGGACGAUGUCAUAUUCCUUUGACUCCUGGUGUUCAUUCUCUGAACAUUGCCUUGUCCAAGCCAUUAACAUCGACUUUUUUUGGAUCUAUAGCUUCAUUUUUUGGAUAUCAACCUGAAUUGAUACAACCUGAGAUGCUUGCUACUACAGCAGGAAAUCAUUUACUACGGAUGACUGCCACAGGUCAAGUGAAAGCAACAAUCAAUAUCAUAACACAAGGUUUCACAAGUUUAGGAUAUGAUGCUGGACAGGCUCGAUGAAAUAUGGAUUGGAAAUGAGGGUUGUUCCUCUGCAGAUACAGCGUCUAAUGUUGGUGACUAGAUUUUUAUAAAGUGUUAACUUUGUAAUUUCUAGUUAUAAUUAUGUAUGCAGAAAAUCUACAAAUGAAUAAAUUGAUGAAUAAGAGAACCAAACA